CGAGAGGCCAAACUGCGGCGUUUUGUUUGUGCGCCUUAAUUGUCGGACAGCUGUGCGUUGCGAGAGUGAGGCACUCGGCCGACAAGCUUACAAGAGGGCGAGAAGAGUCCCUCGAGUCAGUCGUCCUCUCGGCUGCUUUGGUGGGGUGGCGGGCCGUUGAGCUGACAGACAUCGGAGGUGAGGGAGGCCCAACACUCACUGACUCGCUGACUGAGUGAUGCGCUCAUCCACUCACGUCAAUGAAUUAAUGCGUUGGCCUUUCUGUCUGUCUGUCUGUCUGCCUCUCUCUGUGUGUCCUAGUUGUGUGUGUCUGUCGGCCCAUCGGUGCAGUGUGGCUGAGGACCGAUGGCGGCCUCCUCAUCUGCCGCUGCCGCUGGUGGUGUUAGCUCAUUGACCUCUCUCUGAUCUGUCCAUCUGAGCAUCGAACGAGAUGAGCAGCACACACACAGAUCUGUGAGCAGCAUGCUCGAUGGACAUAAUCCUCUGCCGGCUCUGUCGCUCUGUGCAGCCUCUCGUCGACCACCGCCCCACUCAUCUGACCGUCUUGGCCCAUCCAUCGCAUGCAGCAACCAGAGCAUCAGCAGCAGCACCCCUUCUCGUAUAUCUUCGUCGGCCGCCGCACCUUCUACCUCUUCAGCAGCAUCAAGGACAUCCUGCGGCUGAGGGCCAUCUGCACCUGGCUCAGAGAGCUCUUCGGAGCGGCCCAGCUAAGAGAUCGGCUCCGCCACUCGCUGGGCUCACAUGCGGGGCUGCGGCGGGCGAAUGUGAAUGGGCAGCAGCAAGUGCAGCUGCUGCGGUUCGACGACGACCAGUUCGGCGCACAUGAUCUGCUGGCGGCUGUGUGUGUGGUGGAGGAGGGGGGCUGGGGCGAGAUGGUCGAGGUGAUUGAGCUGGCGGGGCAGUGCGGCAAUUGUGAGCUGCCUGUGACCCUCAGUGGGGCUGACAUCAACACACACGCAAACAUAACGGUGAGCCAGCAAACAGAGGGGCGGGGAGGGGACAAAAGGAGAAGAGCCUCAUUCUCUCUGUCUGUGUCUGUGUAGGCGUAUGUGUCGGCUCCCCGUGUGUUGGCGCAGCUCAAGAUGGUCGGCCCCCACAUCCACUUCAGUGACGGCAGCUGCCUGCAGCUGUUCCACCACGGCAACGGUGAGGUGAGGGCCAUCAUCGACCAGCCCGGCUUCGAGCUGCAAGUCGACCCGCCUCUCUUUCCCUUUCCCGGCCACCUGUACCAGCAGCACAGACAGCCACACGACCCACCAGUGCGCAGCAUUUCCAUCGGCUACUCGACCGACAACGCCAGAUGGGUGGCAUUCGGUGACCUGGGGCGCAUCGAUUCGUCAGUGUCGUCAUUUGCCAAGUUCAUAAUUCUCAAACACUUCCACAAGACUCACCAGAUCAAUGACACAUUCACUACACUCAACAGGUAGCACACCGACGAUAUCUUUGGGGUCGAGCAAACCAUCAGAAGUCAUUUGUUGGUUUUUGUGUGUUCAGAGGUGUUGGUGAUAGCGGCCGUCUCCACGACCUCCUGACGCAGUCGCCCCACACACGGGUGGCCGGCUGCGCGACCACACUCGGCUUGGGCGGUGUGGCGCGGCAGCUGGUGCUGACCGAUGGCAGUCAUCCCUUCGUCGCGUUGAUUACCAUCAUCAGAUCGGGAAAUGCCGCUCAGAGUGACCGAGAGGGAGAGAGCUCUGCUCGUCGCAUGUUGCGUCUUCAUCUGUCUUCAUCUCUCAUUGUCUGCAGUGAGUGUUCAUGUGGUGACCACUGAGGGGGCUGUGUGUGAGAGUGGUGCCUUCAAGCACCGCUUCCCGGUGACCACUCAGCUGGCUCGCGUGGCGUUGGGGGCGGUGGCGCCAUUCGUAUUCGACGGACAAGUACAACAACAGCAGCAGCAGCAAGAUGACGACAGCGACGAUGGUACGGACACACACACACACAGAUGGAUGAAAGACUUGCCUUCUGUCUGUCUGUCUGUCUGUCUGUGCGUGGUAUCUGCAGAUUCGGACGAUGGCAGCGGCGAUGAGAUUGGUGAUGGUGUGGAUGACGGCAGCGGAGAGGGCGGCGGAGGUACACAGCCGCACACACCACAGAGGCCCUCACGUCGACCUCCAUGACAAUCGUGUGUGUGUGUGUGUGUGUGUGUGCCUUGGGCAGGUGAGGGUGGCGCAGCUGAGGCGGAGGGCGGCGGCUGACCGAUCCAUCAGCCAACACGCACUGGUGGG